AUGUCCGAGACAUGUCGCAUAGGCGUUCGGAUGGGCUACCGGCCGGGACUGCCCGAUGUCCUCUCCGACCUCCGCCUCGACAUUGCGCCGCGCGAGAAGGUCGGGAUCGUCGGCCGCACCGGCGCCGGCAAGUCGUCCAUCCUGGUGGCCCUCUUCCGGAUGGGCGAGGUGCGCGCAGGCGCCAUCCUCCUCGACGGGGUCGACAUCUCGGCGGUGCCGCUGCCGACGCUGCGCUCGCGGCUCGCAAUCAUCCCUCAGGACCCGGUCCUCUUCACCGGCACGCUGCGCCAGAACCUCGACCCCUUCUCCGAGGCGAGAUAUCCCCGAGAUCACCCGAGGUCGCCCGAGCUGUGGGACGCGCUCGACGCGUGCUCCAUCGGUGGCGCGAUGCGCGAGCACCCCGAUGGGCUCGGCAAGCCGAUCGACGAGCGCGGCGCCAACCUGUCGAUGGGUCAGCGGCAGCUCGUCUGCAUGGCGCGGGCGCUGCUCAAGCGCGCGCGCAUUCUCGUCCUCGACGAGGCGACCGCUUCCGUCGACAUGGAGACGGACGAGCUGAUCCAGCAGACGCUGCGCCGCGAGAUGACCGACGCCACCGUGCUCACCAUCGCCCACCGGCUCGACACCAUCAUGCAGGGCGACCGGGUGGUGGUCAUGCACGCGGGGCAGGCGGUCGAGUCGGGCCCGCCGCUUGAGCUCCGCGACACGCCCGGCUCGCGCUUCGCCGAGCUGUGGAGCGCGCAACAGCAGUGA